UAUACUCUUACGUCUCCCUGCUUUGCAACUAUUAUUUCUCAGAGCCGUGGGCAAGUCGCUUAGCUUUUCUUGGAUCUCCGUUUUCUCAUCUCUGCAUGAGCAGGCUGAAAUCCUAAAGAAAAAAGUUUCAUCUGGUUGAGAAUCUUGGUUUAAUCUGUGGGAUCUCUCAAAGCUCAAAGAGAAGGCCUGGAGGAAAUGAACAAUGAAAGCACUUUGAAAUCUAAGGAAAAGCUUACAAAGGAAACAACAACAACAAAGUGAAAUAAAUAAAGAAGAAACCCGGUGAAAGACUGAGCAAGAGAGAAAAUAGUUCCUGCUCUGAGCACAGACGUCAGUUUUCGACAACAGAGAGAAAAACUGAUUGGAAAAGCAGGGCAACUUUUCAGAAAAACAAGCUUAAAAAUACCAGACAAAUGAAAAACAGACUUCAGCAGUUACAUGCAGCUUCCUGAGUAACUGAAGAAUGUGCCUCUUGUGGUUAAAACGAGGGAUCUGUUUAAUAUGGAUGAAAUACCAACACGCCAGGCAUUUUCAUUGACAUUUCACUGUGACUUUUUGAACUUAGGAGUGCUGACAGGAAAACCUCUUCUUGCAGCCCUGCGGACCGGGAGAGGUAAAAGGCUAUGUCCGGUUCACGUUCCCUCUGGUCGUGUGCUCUCUGUUUGUACUUCAUUUUCUUCCACGCUGUUGCACUUCCCAGUUUAACAGGAUUCCUCCUCGGAAAUCAGUCAGGAACCCAGGCGAGACUUCGUUCUCAGGCUCCCAAAGCUCAUCGCCUCUCCAGCGCUGGGCUUGCUCCCUGGACCCAAGUGAAAACGCUCGCGGUGGGCAUUUGCAAAGACCUUUUUUUUCCCCAAAGGUCAAGCCUCGCUUGUGCACCUGGCAACCAGAAGCUACCCAGAAUGGCCGGGCGGAGCACCGAGGCACCCAGGGAACACUGGAGAACGGACUCCAAGGGUAGGGGAGUCAGGGAAAAGCCCCCUUUCCCGAUCCACCCCAGCGCCGGCCGAGCUCAGCUCCGGGGCAGCCCUGCCGUCUGGCAGGAGCCGGGGAGAGAGAGAGAGACAUGCUGUUUUGUUUAAAUCCUCCACAUUCUUUGCCAUUUCCCCAUUGGCCGGAUGGGGCUACCCUCCCCACCGCGGCCGCUGCUGAUGUCAGCCUCGCUGGCGCUCGCUCCUCCCGCACCCACCUCCCCGGCCCGAGGCACACUGCAGCUCCGCGCGGACUCUCCGGCCCCGGCGCGGUGGCUGCAAACUCGCGGGCACGCACGGCGCUCGGGGAGCCAAGGGACCCGGGGGAGGGGACGUGCGCGGAAGGCGCCAGCUUCCUCUCGCCCGCCCCUCGCCGCCGCGAGCCCGGGUUGGAGGAACCCCGGGCCCCAGCCCGACAGAGCCGAGCGGCGGCGGCGGCAGCGGCGGCAGCGGCAGCUUCCCUUUUCUCCUGCUGAGAGCCCCGGAGCGCCUCGGGGACCGGCCCUAAAAGAGCAGGAAAUCUUGUUUACCGCCCGGGGAGAGGAGCCGAUCGAGCCUUUGUCUGGAAAGUCAGCAUCUCCAGCUCCGGCUGCAAUGUGUUCCUGGUGACAUUAGCAUUGGCAGACCCGCCGGAGAAGGAGGGGGGGUCGCCAGGUUCAUGUCUGCUUUCGGAGGCGGAUCGAGCGGGUGACUUUUGUGCAUUCGUUUCAAUUUUUGGAAAUCUCUCUUUUUUCCUCCAUUGCCCGCCACCGGGCAUGUCCUGAUCCGGUGGCCGCUCCUACCGCCCAGGGCUGCCGAUCUGAGCGGUUUCCAGCGGGUCUCCCUCCCUCCCGAUCCCUCCCUGACUUUGCAACACCGCGUACCGGGAGGACCGACCUCGGCGAGGAAGGAGGCGGAGGAGCCCCGAACACUCGGACCCGAACCUUGACAUGCUCUCGGGCGGAGAGGAGGAAGCCAGGAGCUGAGCGCACCGCCGGGACUGAUUCGCCGGCCGGCUCCCGAACGGGGGGCUACGGGCGCCCUGCCCUGCGCCUGGGAGGCAGCCUUGUUGGUCUGGGGGGCGCCCCUCGCUUCCCGCCCCGGGGGCCCGCGGCCGGCAGGACCAUGCUGCUGAAGGAGUACCGGAUCUGCAUGCCGCUCACCGUGGACGAGUACAAAAUCGGACAGCUGUACAUGAUCAGCAAGCACAGCCACGAACAGAGCGACCGAGGAGAAGGGGUGGAGGUCGUCCAGAAUGAGCCCUUUGAGGAUCCUCACCACGGCAACGGGCAGUUCACCGAGAAGCGGGUGUAUCUCAACAGCAAACUGCCCAGCUGGGCUAGAGCUGUUGUUCCCAAAAUAUUUUACGUUACAGAAAAGGCUUGGAACUAUUAUCCCUACACGAUUACAGGUAAGUCCUGUUCCUUUCUGCCAAAAUUCUCCAUUCAUAUAGAAACCAAGUAUGAAGACAACAAGGGAAGCAACGACCGCAUUUUUGACAAUGAGGCCAAAGACCUAGAGAGAGAAGUUUGCUUUAUUGAUAUUGCCUGCGAUGAAAUUCCAGAACGUUACUACAAAGAAUCUGAGGAUCCUAAACACUUCAAGUCAGAGAAGACAGGACGCGGCCAAUUAAGGGAAGGCUGGAGAGAUAGUCAUCAACCUAUCAUGUGUUCCUACAAGCUGGUGACCGUGAAGUUUGAGGUCUGGGGACUUCAGACCAGAGUGGAACAAUUUGUACACAAGGUGGUCCGGGAUAUUCUGCUGAUUGGACAUAGACAGGCUUUUGCAUGGGUUGAUGAGUGGUAUGACAUGACAAUGGAUGAAGUCCGAGAAUUUGAACGAGCCACUCAGGAAGCCACCAACAGGAAAAUUGGCGUUUUCCCUCCUGCGAUUUCUAUCUCGAGCAUCCCCCUGCUGCCUUCCUCAGUCCGCAGUGCCCCUUCCAGUGCUCCGUCCACACCUCUCUCCACAGACGCACCAGAAUUUCUGUCCGUUCCCAAAGAUCGACCCCGGAAAAAGUCAGCCCCAGAAACUCUCACGCUUCCAGACCCUGAGAAAAAAGCCACCCUGAAUUUACCUGGCAUACACUUUUCAGAUAAGCCAUGUCGGCCCAAAUUAGAGUAACUUCCUAUGAAUCUUUCAUGGGGUUUUUAUAUUUUCAUUUGGGUUGUUUGUUUGUUUGUUUGUUUGUUUGUUUUUAAGAAUCUUCUGAUAGAGAAAAAGACUGCUUUGUCAUUCAACCAUGUUCUUUCGAUCUCUGAGUAUGCAUGUGGUUAAGUAAUUUCCCAUAUAAUACGAUUCCCUAAGUAUGCCACACAGCAUCAUACUAGAUGUAGAAUGUAAGGCUUGCAAAGGACAGAAGGAAUCUUCUGUAACCACAGCUGGAAGCCGGGAGGAAGGCAGGAAGCCUUGUUAUUGAGCAUUUGAUGAGGUAGGUGUGGACGUAAAGAGUAAAUAAAUGAAAACCUUAUGCCACUGUUACAGGGGUGGUAAAAUAGUGAAGUCAGUCUCCUCUCAUCAAACCUGAAUUCUCAAAAAUACUCUCAGGCAUAACAUACCUAACUGUUCGGUUUCAAACUGUUUAUCACCAAGACUUGAAUACUAGUACUUAACUGAGAUUCCUAUUUUGAUUAAUCUGACUCAGGAUUUGGGGCCUAAUUAACUCUUUAAAUUUUUUGAAAAUUUUAAUUAUCAACCUAUAGAGGCUCCAAGUGCAAUUAGUGAGAACUUAUUUAUACCUUUCGCAGAAUUUAAUAAAGAUUCCACUUGUUUCUGUCUUUUAAUAACUUCCCCCUUUGUGCCCUUGUGGCCUCAGAAACCUUUCAGAAUUGCAUGGAUGAGUGUGGCCGUAACUGACUGAUUUGGGGAUGGCUUGGUUUAGGAACCAAGAGGCCCAGGUGAGGCAAACGUCCUUUGUCUCCACAGGUACCAACAAACCCUGAAUUGUCCACCUUCCGUCAUCCAUUAAGAUUCACAGUAUUUGCAAUUAAUUGAGUAGAAUUCGUUGACUCUUUGUCCAUUCUAAAAAGCGCAGGGGUAGCCUAAGCUAACUGGACUUAAGCACUGUCAGGAUGUCUGGUUUGGGAACCCUGAAAAAGAGAACUGUCUCCCAUUCCUCUCCAGGUUUUACUUUUCAUAGCAUCCAGAUUUCCCUGGAACAGAUUGCCCAUCACCGGACCUUAAAAAAGACUGUCCUUCUCUUGCUCUUACUUGAAAUCCAAAUAUUGGGAAUGCUGCAGAAGUGGAGUAAAUGCUGUCGGGGGGGGGGGGGGGGGAGAGAAUGAGCAGAAUUGAUGACUCCUGUUUGUAGAGUAUACAGGAAACAUGAGAAAAGGUGCCCCCCGGGCUAGCUUUCUUUUCUGCAAGUAGCCGUGAUGCAGGAUCAGAACCCAGGCUGACAGGAAGCAAGACCAUUCAACCCAAGUGGCAGAAAGCGAACUCUCCUUUGCUCUAAAGAGAAAAAUCUGCCGUCAUCGCGCCUCACUGCCUUUAAACGCAGAAGGAAGGGCAAGCAGAACCUAGCAUUUAUUUUUGUCCUCCAAGAGAGGAAGACGACAAGGUAGUUGGGCAACUCCGAGGCCCCAGCUAGCCUUCCUGACCAUAACCUCCAACCUCAGGAAAGGGACCUUCCCAAAACACAGAUUCCAAAGGAAACAACAGAAACCAAGGAGCGUGUUCUCCUUCCCACACAGCCUCUCAGCCAGUGGACCCUGCCUGCUUCUCUGUCUCAGCGCUCAGCACGCUGCAUAGUGUCUUUCCAAUUGAUCAACUCUCCCAAGGUGCAGGCGCUGGCCCCACGAACCCAGCACCGAGUAUUCUAAGUCCUACGCCAGACUGUCAAGAUCAUUUCUUUAUCUACAGGUUGACAUUGAGCUUAAUAAAUAAACCCAGAACUCAAAGGAAACCAGUUGCAAAUAGCUUAGAUCCACAGUGCGUCUCUUCCCUGAGAAUGACGGCUCUGUAGUAAGACCUCUCUGCAUGGUAUAGUAGCAUGAUUUUUGCCUGUGGGAAAACUUAAUCUUCUCAAACCUCUUGGACUUGCUCAGUGGUCCCCUCUCCACACAGUAGUACUUAAUGAGAAUGUGUGGCUUUCGAGUGCAAGCUUCUACGCUCAGAAGACACUGACAUAGUACACGUAUUUGCUUACCAUUUGCCAGCUGAAAUUUGCCAGGAUGGGGCGGGAUCGUUAUUUUUGCACAGAACAGAUUUAUCUUGUGCAGGUUGUUAACACAUCUGGCACCCAGUUUUUCCAUUAAUACCGUUGCCAUUUUUCUUUUUUUGUAAAGCAGCUUCUGCUAUCAAGGUCAACAAUGCUAUAUGCUUUAGAAAGCUGAUUUCUGAUUUCUUUCUGUGAGCUUUCUUUCUCCUGUAGCCAGUUCAGUAACACAGACAUCAGUUUCAAAGCUGCCAAUGAUCGUGUGGUUUUUAGCCAACAGAUGUGUGUGCACUCCAAGUAUGUUCAGUUUUUCCUGUCUACAUGUGGUGUGUGUGCAUUUAAACAAGGGGGUGGGGGGUGCAAAUAUUCCCUUAGCUGCUUUGAAUAUUUAAUCCGGUCAUCACAAGGCAUAAAUGACUUCAAUAUUUUGUCUAUCUUGAUUUUUCACCUGUCCUUUCAUAUUCUCCAUACAUGAGUCUGUUUCUUGUGUGAUACAAGCCUGCGAUGAAUGUGUAUAUAGACCAUUAAUAAUCCCUAUAAGGAUGGAAAUUAAAUGCUUGCAUGAUGGAAACUUAGAAGAAAACAAAGCCGAAACUUGAAUUUAUUAAGCAUGUUCGGGGAAACAUAGAAUCUUAACUCAGUGCCUCUGUCUGCAGUGUGGAAACCUUCAACUUUGUUCACCGAAAUUGUAUUAUACCUGUAUAUAUAUAAAUAUAGUAUAGUGAAUCAGACACCACCAGUUUUAAGUCUCUGGUAGCCAAAUUAAAAUAAAUAAUCCAUAGAAGAACACAUAUGUUCACCCCAUCUUUAUCUCUGUCGUUAGUGGAGACCAUCAAAAUGGCCAUAAAUAUCAUUGCUUUGGAUGGAUUUCAAAUGGUGAAAUACCCCUGUGCUGCUCAUUGGCUAUAAUACAGCAUUGUGGCUUUGGCUGUGCUGUCCCAGGAUAAGAAGGUCUCCGUGUUUUUACUGCACAGACUUUCUCCGAGAUGAGCUCUGAAGAUCAUCGCAUUUUCCUACAGUUGGGCUGAAAUAAAGCAAAGCAAAGGAAAAACAUAACAAAGGAGUCUGUGACGUCUUUCAGUUACCAACGUAAUAACAGAAACAAAGAGUUUGCUGGUGAACUAAGUUAUAAACCUUCUGCUUUGGGUUUGCAUCUGUGUGUGGGGGGAAAUGGUUUUAAUUUGGGAGGAUUUAAUACCCAUGUUUUGGAUUGUGAAAAUAAAUCUCUAAGGGGUGCAGUUGUGGGUGUCGAAUGAACGCAGACACUUAAAAAAACACGAGACCUCCAAAAGCAAAUGACACUGUCAUCAACAGUGACCUAAGAGAAAAGAUUCUGACACUUCUCAGGAAGUCAUUUUUUCCAUGGAAAUUUCAAGACUACUGUCUUUAUGUGUGUUUUCCAAUUUUACUUACCUUAGCAUCUCUGCGUGGCCUCAGAAACAACAAGGUCACUGGCUGGCUUACGUCAAUAGGAAUUUUACUUGUUACAAGGGCCAAAGUAUAAUUUAGUCACAUAGAAUGUGUAUUCAAAUAAUCCAAUAGAGAAGAAUUGUCUAAAUAGCUUUAGUCCCUUUCUGAUCAUCUGACUCAGUAGGCUAGGUGACAACCUGCCAUCUGAGCCAUAAUUCUUGAAAUUAAAAAGAAAAAAAAAAAAGAUCUGUUUAAUAACUGCAAUUGAUCAUAAAUAGACCAUUUAAACUCUCCAUUCUUGCUGAAACUGAAGUGUUACUCGAGAGCACAGCGUUGGCAUGCAGAGACAACACCUACUGGGUUCUUCUGUGUUCUACCUUCAAAACAAUCUGUUUGCAUUUGAAAUAGAAGUGUGUAAGCUUUUUAGGAGUUAGUGCAAUAAGAGAAUGUGAAUAUGUUAAGAAUUUUUCAGAUGCCGUUAUUACAAUUUCAUUGUUCACAAGUGCAUUAGGAUAAGCCUCUGGAUGUUUUUGCUUAAAAUGGAAAACGUCUGUCGAAUUGCAAGUUUCCCUUCAGUUUCUGUGUCAUCACCAAGAAGAGGUUCUUUGAGUUGUUGUUAUCUCUAUGCCCCUUACAUGUGGUUUCGAGUGUAAUUUUUUAGUGUUUACAUUUCAAGCCGGGAUCUGGAUUAGUUACGUAUAUUGAGUCAAAAUACCACUGCCACUGCCGAAGGACCAAGUUUUGGAAUGCACAGUGUUACAGACUACGAGCAGAGCAAGCAAGGUUUGAUCAUCAUACGUGCCAUCCUUCUGUGUCAUUUCAUGGCUGUUUUGUGUUGUUGGUUUUUUCCCCCAGUUAUUUAUUAUUGUUAAUAACUUCCUUUUUCUUACAUUCUAUUGUAAAUAAACUACAAAGCAAUCUUC